AUGGUGAAAGCGACAACGUCAACAAAAUUAUGUCUGGAUGGGAGGUCAAUCCAGACAUCUAUGGUGAUAGCAAAACACAUUUUUUUCGUAUUUUGGACGGCUGAUGGGGAGGAUGAGACCGGAUGCUAUAACUUGAAUUGUCUAGGCUUUGUGCCUGUAAAUGGGGCUCCUAUUACGCCGGGAGAUAGCCUAGAGCUACCACAUGGGCAAACGAGAAUCUCACUCAAGAUAUAUAAGAGUAGAGACGAUGGAGAUUGGUGGUUGUACUACGGAAAUGAUAACAUUGGUCUUACUAGGGUGGGAUAUUGGCCAAAGGAUCUUUUUACCACCCUGUCAGGCCAUGCCACAGUUAUAGCAUGGGGUGGAAUGACCACGUCUUACGAAGGACGUUCUAGUCCUCCGAUGGGCAAUGGGAAAUGGGCUGGAAGAGAAUCAGCAACAGUUCGAAAUAUUCAGUAUGUUGAUACAAGUGGUGGAGGUUAUGACCCCCCUACAUGGCCUGCUGGUCUCCAUAUUGUUGAAACACACAGAAACUGCUAUCGUGCUACCACUUUUGGUGAUGGCAUGUUCCACUAUGGGGGUCCGGGUGGUUGUGUUCGUUAA